UUGAACCCAUUACUGCGGUAAUAAAAUUUUUUAUUCUAACCUGUAAGAAUAAUACGUGCAUUAAGUUUCCUGUGAGUUGUUUUCUGUUCAAAGUAAAAAAAAUGCCAAAAGUUAAUAAUAAAAAGAAGGUUAAUAAAAAAAAUACAAAUAAAUCUAAAGUGAUAAAAAAAUCGCGAUUUAAUUAUAACAAAGCUGAUGUGAAAUUAGCUUUAGCUGAAGUUAUUGAGGGAAAGAAAGUUGCUGAAGUGUCUAGAAAAUAUAAUAUACCGGAAUCAACGAUAAGAGCGAAAAAACUCAACAAAUACAGUGACAAACCACCUGGACCAUCAACUGUACUUAGUUAUGAAGAAGAAAAUGAAUUAGUUGAAUGGAUUUUUUACUGUUGUAAACAAGGUUUCCCGGUAACAAAAAAUAAAUUGGUUGAAAGUGUGGAAAUACUGUGUGACUCCGAUAACAGGAAAACUCCAUUCCCUAAUAAUAAACCAGGAAGAUCUUGGCUUGAAGGUUUUUUAAAACGUCAUCCUAACGUUUCAGAAAAACUUUCUGAAUAUUUAUCUGCAACCCGGGCUAAGGUAACAGAGUAUCAGAUACGAGGAUGGUUCACUGGCAUUACUAACUACUUCACUGAGUUUUUCACUGAUGAAAACUUUACAAAAAUCGAUGGUACACGAAUUUUUAAUGGUGAUGCAAUAGGAGUUUCCAUGUGUCCGAAGCCGUCAUCAGUGCUUGCUCCGAAAGGUAUUAAAAACGUGUAUAACACAGUUAGUAAUAAUGAAAAAGAAAAUGUCACUGUACUCGUCAUGGCAAAUGCAGCAGGCAAUCUUGCUCCAACUUUGGUGCUCUUUGCAGGUCAAAGUGUACCUAAAGACGUAACAAAGAUGGGACCUUCAAACUUCAGUUUCGGCUAUUCUGAUAACGGUUGGAUGACAGCUAAAAAUUUUUACGAGUACAUUACUAAUGUUUUUUUUCCAUGGGUACUUGUAAGCAAUAUAGAAUUACCAAUCAUACUGUACAUUGAUGGGCUUAGCUCACACGUUACUUUGCCAUUGAGCAAAUUUUGCAGUGAAAAUAAAAUAAUUCUUGUUGCUUUGUGUCCUAAUGCUACACACAUCUUACAACCGUUAGAAGUAGUUCUCUUUCGAACAUUUAGAGCAGCUUAUCAAAGAUCUAUCCAAGCUUUAUGUGAAGAUUCUGGUACUAAAAGUAUAAAAAAAAGCCAAGUCGCACGUGCGUUAAAAAAAACAUUUGAAAGUUUGAAUUUAAAAAAAAUUUUAGAGAAUGGAUUUAAAACAUGUGGGUUACAUCCUCUGAACGUUAAUGCUAUUGACUAUAGCAAAGUAUUCAAAAAGCUGGGAAAUUCAUCGAGUGAAACCCCAAGCAUUUUUGAAGAUACACCAGAACUACCCGAAGAAUCAGAAGCUUUGAAAGUCUUAGAGAGCUUAAUAGACAAAGAUAAAUUAAUAUCAUUCAAAGACCACGAUAGCUCUGUUUGGAAAGGACGGAAGGAAGAUGAAAGUCUUUAUGAUAUUUGGUACAAGUUGGCAAAACCAACAAAUACUCCUAAUGUUGCAUCAAGCAAUGAAAUCUUUCUUUCCCAAGAACAAAAUGUUUUCAACGAUGAUGUGAGUGUGCAGUCGCUCUCUGAAAGGACCUUAAUCAUUACAGAUGACCCAGAGGCAACAUCAUCAAGAAGAAAGGUUGAGAAGAGAGCAGAUUAAAGUACAAAAAGAUAAAGAAAAGUUUGAGAAACAGUAACAAAUAAUGAAAAUGGUUGAGGCAAACCAAAAAUUAAAACAAGAAGCGUUGCUUAAAAAAUUAAAAACUGCCCAAAUAAAAAAAAAAAACAAAUGGCCGAGCUUCAACAAAAAGAAAUUGAAUUACAGGAAAACAAUAACAAAUAAUAAAACAAGCUCGGAUCAGAGUUUCUUUUUCUUUGAUAAAGCUAAUCUUAUUAUUAGUAGAUAGACUGUACUGUGCUGUGCUUACUUGUAAUAUUUAUUUUUAUAAAUUAAUGUAAGUCUGUUAUUAUAUUAAUAAAUUUUAUUAAACUAAUAA